AGGGGGAGGAGGAAGAGGAGGAGGAGGAGGAGGAGGCAAAAGUCUGGCCGGAGCAGAAGGAGCCCUCCACCACCGUCGCCAAGGAACCUGGAGCUACAGAGGCGAAGAAGGCUGCCUGGGGAGGGAGCGCCAGCGUGCCCGGACUGGCCGCAGCGCGCCAACUUCAGCUCAGCUGAGCCCGGCCCGGGAAGGAGAGUCGCCGACACCUUACGGGGACCCCGCCAUGCCUUGCUUCGGGCCCCCCUUAGCCAGCCAGGCAGGGAUCGUGUGAACGCUGCAGAGGGCAUAACUUCCCCCUCGGCUCGCCAGCUCGCUCGGCCAGCAGCGGGCUUAGGGCAAGGAGGCUCCCCGCGGCCCGCCGGCCGGGCUUCCACGGCUUGUCCUUCUGAUUCUCCCCCAAGUCCUGAAGUCGAACCUCCGAGGCGAAACGGCGGCUUCAGCCGACUUCUUCCCUUUCCUGUGCCUCCCCAUGGAUAUGCACUGCAAAGCAGACCCCUUCUCCGCGAUGCACCGGCACGGGGGUGUCAACCAGCUCGGGGGGGUGUUUGUAAACGGCAGGCCCCUACCGGACGUGGUGCGGCAGAGGAUCGUGGAGCUGGCUCACCAGGGCGUGCGGCCUUGCGACAUCUCCCGGCAGCUACGGGUCAGCCACGGCUGUGUCAGCAAGAUCCUGGGCAGGUAUUACGAGACAGGCAGCAUCAAACCGGGCGUGAUCGGCGGCUCCAAGCCGAAGGUGGCGACCCCGAAAGUCGUGGAUAAAAUCGCCGAGUACAAAAGGCAGAACCCCACCAUGUUCGCCUGGGAGAUCCGAGACCGGCUCCUGGCCGAGGGCAUCUGCGACAACGACACCGUCCCCAGCGUCUCCUCCAUCAACCGGUAA